CCGCCCGCCCCCCCCCAGGUUAAUUGGUAACCCUUUGCAAACCCCGGUUCUCCGGGCUGGUGCGGAGAGGGGAACGUUCCAAGGUUCAGGGCUCCGAGCUCUUAGUCCAAGGAGCCGCUUGUGUGGCUCUUCCCCUCCCCCGCCCCCUUUCCCCGGGCGGAACGAGAAUCCUACAGCGAUUUGGAGAUGGCUUCGUUUAAAAGGGAGAGCCCGUGAAAGCAUGAACUCGGCCAGUCCCUGACACCCCCCAACCCGCGGCCGAGCUUGGGCUCCAAGGAUCCCUUGUUUCCUGGAGGAGAACACACGUUUCUGGGGGUGUCGACGGGACCGAUGACAAUGCUGCCGAGUCGAGCGGAGAAGCAGGAAGGAGAGUCAACCUGUUAGCAAAAACAAAAAAAGACAAAAACCCCACACAACAAAAAUCCAAGGGGAAAGUCCCACUGGAAGGGGGAAAAAAGAAAUAGUUCCAAAGCGGCCACAAAGCAUGGGCUGUGCUCCAAGCAUCCACAUCUCUGAAAACAGGGUGGUUUAUCACAGUAGCAAAGAGUCCGAAGAGUCCAAUUCCCCUCACCAAACCAAUACAACCAUGUCUCAGCAACAGCACGGCAACUCCGUCCCAGGAUUAUUCAUUAAAUCCUCCAACGCGUCCACUUAUAAGGUGAGGACUAAUUCCUCUAAGAAAGACAAGAGGGAGAACAGCCAGAGCAUGGAGCCAGAGAUCCAGAGCAGCAGAUCCAGCCUGAAGGCAGCAGUGACAGAUGUGCAGUUUGGCCCUAUGAGACUCCACCAAGAUCAACUUCAGGUACUUUUAGUGUUUGCCAAAGAAGAUAACCAGAGUAACGGGUUCUGCUGGGCCUGUGAGAAGGCUGGGUUUCGGUAUAAUAUUGCCAGGACACCUGAAUCUGCACUAGAAUGUUUUCUGGAUAAACAGCAUGAAAUUAUCAUUAUUGACCAUAGACAUUCCAAAUAUUUUGAUGCAGAAGCUCUAUGCAGGGCUAUCCGAACAACUAAACCCUCAGAAAAUACAGUCAUAAUUGGUGUAGUACGAAGGCAUGCUGAUCGUGAGGAGUCAUCAAUAUUGCCACUGAUUGCAGCAGGCUUCACAAGGAGAUAUGUAGAAAAUUCCAAUAUCAUGGCCUGUUAUAAUGAGCUAAUUCAGUUGGAAUUUGGAGAAGUGCGGGCACAAUUUAAACUAAGGGCUUGUAAUUCAAUAUUUACAGCACUCGAGAAAAGUCAAGAAGCCAUUGAGAUUACAAGUGAAGACCAUGUAAUACAGUAUGUAAAUCCUGCAUUUGAAACAGCGAUGGGCUAUCAAAUAGGUGAAUUAAUAGGAAAGGAAUUAACUGAAGUGCCUAUAAAUGAAAAAAAAGCUGAUUUCCUAGAUACUAUUAAUUCCUGCAUAAAGAUAGGAAAGGAAUGGCAAGGAAUGUAUUAUGCCAAAAAGAAAAACGGAGACAGCAUACAACAAAAUGUGAAGAUAAUACCUGUCAUUGGACAGGGAGGAAAGAUUAGACACUAUGUGUCAAUUGGUAGACUGUGCAGUGACAACAAUAAGGCAGAAAGAAUAUGUGAACGUGUUCAGGCCGAAUCUCAAACAGAUAUUCAAACUUCCCGACACAAAGAUAGGAGGAAAGGAUCACUCGAUGUCAGAUCCACAACCUCACGAGGAAGUGAUGGCAGUUCCCAACGGCGACACUCCUCCAUGGCUAGGAUACAUUCCAUGACUAUUGAAGCACCCAUUACCAAGGUAAUAAAUAUUAUCAAUGCGGCACAAGAAAGCAGUCCCAUGCCAGUCGCAGAAGCUUUAGAUCGAGUAUUGGAGAUUCUAAGAACCACUGAGUUAUACUCUCCACAACUUGGGACGAAAGAUGAAGAUCCACAUACAAGUGAUCUCGUUGGAGGAUUGAUGACUGAUGGUUUACGAAGAUUAUCAGGGAACGAAUACAUAUUGUCCGCAAAACAAACUCAUCAGGUUCCUGGCAGUCUGAUCUCCCCUAUUUCCCUUAAUGACAUCCCACCACGGAUAGCACAAGCAAUGGAAAAUGAAGAAUACUGGGACUUCAAUAUCUUUGAACUGGAGGCUGCAACUCAUAAAAGGCCUCUGGUUUAUCUUGGUCUCAAAAUGUUUGCUCGCUUUGGAAUCUGUGAAUUCCUAAACUGCUCAGAAUCAACCCUGAGGUCGUGGUUACAAGUUAUUGAAGCCAAUUACCAUUCCUCCAACUCCUAUCAUAAUUCUACUCAUUCUGCAGAUGUCCUGCAUGCCACUGCCUAUUUCUUGUCCAAAGAACGGGUAAAGCAAACUCUGGAUCCAAUUGAUGAGGUUGCUGCUCUCAUUGCUGCCACUGUCCAUGAUGUGGAUCACCCAGGAAGAACAAACUCUUUCCUGUGCAACGCUGGGAGUGAACUAGCAAUCUUGUACAAUGACACCGCAGUGCUAGAGAGCCAUCAUGCUGCACUGGCUUUCCAGCUCACCACGCGGGACGAUAAAUGCAAUAUCUUUAAAAACAUGGAGAGGAAUGAAUAUCGAACCCUUCGCCAAGCCAUUAUUGACAUGGUCCUCGCAACAGAAAUGACAAAGCACUUUGAGCAUGUCAACAAAUUUGUCAACAGCAUUAAUAAACCCUUGGCAGCACUAGAAGAAAAUGGGAGUAAUAAUGGUGAUGGAGAUUCGGUCAAAAACGUGCUCACGUCUCCUGAAAAUCGCAUACUUAUCAAACGUAUGUUGAUAAAAUGCGCUGACAUUUCCAAUCCAUGCAGACCUCUAGAGCAGUGCAUUGAAUGGGCUGGUCGCAUCUCUGAGGAGUACUUUGCACAGACAGAUGAAGAAAAGAGACAAAAUUUACCUGUGGUGAUGCCUGUUUUUGACAGAAAUACUUGUAGCAUCCCCAAAUCCCAAAUAUCCUUCAUUGAUUACUUCAUCACGGAUAUGUUUGAUGCUUGGGAUGCAUUUGCAGACCUGCCAAAUUUGAUGCAGCACCUGGACAAUAACUUUAAAUACUGGAAAGGUCUAGAUGACAAGAAGCUACGGAGCCUUCGACCACCACCUGAAUAGCAACUAUUGCCACCGUGUGUAACUCACCUGUUCAGAUGCAUAUUUACUCAAGCUCACUUUUGUUCAUGUGAUUUCAAAUUAGUUUUGAUCCCUUCAGUAUUACAGUAAGGCUAACCCAUGUGCUUGUGGACCUUUUGCAUUGAAGAGAACAUGAGGUCAGCAGCUGACUGCUGCAAACUGCCGUGUAUGGACUCAAAUGAAAUGAACUUAUCAAGCUGCAUUACACUGGAUUGCUGCAGUACCUGUACUGAAGAGGGUCUAUUAGUGAACAUAUUUUUGUGUUAUCUUCAUACCAGUAUGUGAAGCUUGAAGACAUCCUUAUGAAAAGGGAUGUCCUAUAGAAGAUUUUGCUUAGUCCUCAACUGCAAGUGAAGGAGAAGUGUCUGUUAAUAGUGACUCACAGCUUUUAUGAGAAAGCUCCAUGCUUUUUAUAAGCACUUAAGAACAGUUACAUAUACCAAUCAGACAUUUAAAAUGCAACUCUUCAUGAAGGAGUUUUUGAUCUAUGAAAAAUAGAUGUACUCUAUUUUUUCACAUCACAGAAGGUGCAAUCAUUCACUUCUGAGCACUACUGAAAGUGAGUUCUCUUAAAGAAAUUUAGUAGCAAAUGUAAAAUAUAACACAAGAAUUUUUGAAGUUGAUCGUUAGCAUCUAUUAUUAAAAUAUGUUUUAUUUAUUUUAUUAGAUGUUCAAUAUUUUCUAUGAAUUUAUAAAUACUUAAAAGCCAAAGCCAACUUUAGAUGCAUUACAAAUUUACAUGAUUCAUACUCAUCAAUAUACAGUUAAUUGAUGUACAGACCUUUUAUUUUCAUAAUGCAAAUACAAAAUACUAUACAAUGACACAUUUUUAUUGCACUGUAAGGAUAGAUGUGUAUGUUUAAAUAUUGUCUGAUUUUAUGUUAAUUAAAAUAAGUUUUAUUAAAAGGUCUCACUGGAGAGUAGUAAAAUAAACAAGACAUGCAUACUGUAUAAGCACCAGAACUCCAGCAAUUCUCUCUUACUCCCUACUGGUGACCACAAGAUCUUCCCAAAGUUUUUACUCUUGCUAAAGAAUAAAUUAUAAUAAUGGGAUAUUAAUUUUGUUUUCUUCCCUGUAAUUUUUAAAUUAAAUUCCCAAUCAAAAGUCUGCCUUAUUUUAUACAGUAUUUCUACAAAGCAUUCCACCAUG